AUGGCCGACAGCUUCCCAGGUGCUGGCGCCGAAGGCCAGGUAGAGAUUGACCUCUAUGAGGUGCUCUCCGUCGAAAAAACUGCGUCGGGCGACGAGAUCAAAAAGGCCUACCGCAAGGCCGCCCUCAAGUACCAUCCCGACAAGGUCCCCGAGGACCAGCGUGAGGCCUCCGAGGCCAAGUUCAAGGAAGCCUCCCGCGCCUACGAGAUCCUCGGCGAUGAGGAGAAGCGCCACCUCUACGACACACACGGCAUGGCCGCCUUUGACCCUGCGCGUGGCGGUCCCGGCGGGCCCGAGGCCGACCUCAACGACAUCCUCUCGCAAAUGUUUGGCUUCAACAUGGGCGGCCCCGGCGGCCCCGGCGGUCCACGCCGCCCCCGCAAGGGCCCCGACGAGGAGCAGGAGUACAAGGUGACGCUCGAGGAGCUCUACCGCGGCAAGACGGUCAAGUUUGCCGCAAACAAGCAGGUCCUCUGCGGCGGCUGCAAGGGCUCCGGCGGUAAGGACAAGGCCAAGCCCGAGUCGUGCUCGCGCUGCCGUGGCCAGGGCAUCGUCGAGGGCAUCCGCCAGAUCGGCCCCGGCAUGAUGCGCCGCGAGACUAUGCUCUGCGACGCCUGCCAGGGUGCCGGUAACGUCUUUAAGGAAAAGGAUCGCUGCAAGAAGUGCAAGGGCAAGCGCACGACCGAGGAGAAGAAGGUGCUGGAGCUCUACAUCCCCCGCGGCUCCGUCCAGGGCGAGCGCAUCGUCCUCGAAGGCGAGGCCGACCAGUCCCCCGACCAAAUACCGGGCGACAUUGUCUUUACCCUCGUUGAGGAGCCUCACGACACCUUUUCCCGUUUGGGUAACGAUUUGUCCGCCGAGCUCAAGAUUUCCCUCGGCGAGGCGCUCGCCGGCUUCCACCGCGUCGUGCUCGAGCACCUCGACGGCCGCGGCAUCUCCAUCGAGCGCAAGCAGGGUCAGAUUCUCCGCCCAGGUGACUGCCUCCGCGUGCCCGGCGAGGGUAUGCCGUUCAAGAAGGGCGACUCCAAGGGUGAUCUGUACCUGCUGGUCGCGGUCGAAUUCCCCGAAGAUGGCUUCCUGAAGGACGCUGCGGCCUACGACGCCCUGCUGAAGAUGCUACCGCCGGCCCUCGAGGCACCCAAGACGGCCGAGGUCGACGAGGUCGAGUACGACGACGAUGCUGAUAUCGAGACUAUGGGCGAGAACUCGGAAGACCCCCGCUUCGGCGGCGAAUGGCACGACGAGGACGCCGAUGACGGCCAACCGCAAUGCCAGGCCCAGUAA